AUGCAUCACUCAACUAGUGAAUAAAAGCAGAAGUACUUCAAUCUCUUGGAAGAACUACGCAUUCGCAAUGUAAGAACCCUUGACGAGGUUUCGUAUAAAUUCAAUGCUUACGGAACCAUCUUCAUGAAUUCAUCAAUCGGUGUUCAAUGGGGUGAGGUUGCUAGGCAGCAGAUACGGGCAUUGAAUAAUGAGCGAUUGGCAAAGGAGAAGACUAAUGCCUACUUGCGAAACCUCAGUGAAUUGCAACAUUAUGCCAUCUGA